AUGUCAGCAGCAGCAGAAGAACACAAAGACUCCCCUGUUGCCUCAGAAAAAGCAACUGAAGCAAAGGGAAACAUCCGAACUUAUCAAGGAAAGCAGUACGACAUCACUGAUCCCAAAUUCCAAGGUCUCAGCAAAAAUGCCAUCAAGAAGAUUCUACGAGAUGAAAUAUGGGAGGAGACAAAAUCAGAGCGUACCAAGGGCAAGCGAGAGAAGUUCAAAAGAAAGAGAGCCGAAAGACGUCAAUUGGAGAGAGACGGUGCUGUAGAACCUCUACCCAAGAGACCCAAAGCAAAGCACAUGUCAGUCGGUAAAGUCGGUGUCAUUCUUGAUUGUUCAUUUUCAAGCUACAUGAACGACAAGGAGAUCAGUUCUAUGCGCCAACAGAUUGUCCGUUGUUACAGUGCUAAUGUGCGUGCUGAGAAGGAGUCUAUGCAAAUGGCAUUGACCUCGUUGGAUGAACCGUUAAAGAAACAAUUGGACGCCAAGGCGCCUUCAUGGGAAAACUGGAAGAAUUUUCAAGUGACCUCAGAGCCCUACCUGAAUAGAUUCAACAAAGAAGAUUUGAUCUAUCUUUCAGCUGAUUCAGAGAAUGUAGCGCAUGAGUUGGAAGAGGGUAAAACAUACAUUAUUGGAGGUAUUGUGGAUAAAAACCGACACAAGAAUCUAUGUAACGACAAGGCAGCAAGUCAAGGCAUCAAAACUGCUCAAUUGCCUAUUGGUGAUUAUAUCCGUUUGGCGUCUAGAAAGGUCUUGACUGUGAACCAAGUGUUUGAAAUCAUGGUGAAAUGGCUUGAUUGUCGUGAUUGGGAGAAGGCUUUCAUGGAGAUUAUCCCCGAACGAAAAUUGAAAGAAAGUACAUUUAUUAAUCAACAUGGCGAUGAGGAAAAGAUAGAGGAGGAAGAGGAGGAAGAGGAAGAGGCUACAGAGGAUACCACUGCAAAUCAGACUGACCAUCAGCAAGAGGAAACCGCAUAA